AUGCCCACUUGUGGAGGCCUGGUCUCUGGAGAGGAGGUCUGUAUGGUGAGGUUUGAGUGCCUGGAGGUGCAGGGUCAGAGAUGCCCAGCUGCCCAGUCGAGGUCUUCAGGCCCAGAGAGCCCCUCUGCUGACUGCGGCUGGGAGGUGGGAAUGGGCAGCCUACGAACCAGAUGCAGUGACCCUGCUAGGUUCCCCUCUGUGCUUGCUGAACUUGACCACCGGCUUCAGGUACUCAGUCCCCCGGCUCCAUCGGAUUCCGGGUCAAGUUUUGUUCAUCCUCAGACUCCUGCUCUGAAAAACAGUAGCUGGGGAAAUAAAAGCAGGCUCCAUUAG